CAGCCAGGCUUGCCCGGUGCGGGUGCGGGGCGCUCCGAGAUGGUGGGUCCGGCGGCGCGGGGAGCCCCUUUCUUUCGGCUCCUGCCCCUCCUCGCCCUGGCCUUGAGCGCCCUCCUGCACCCCACUUUCUCCACCUCCGGAGUCAGCCCCGAGGCUUGGCUACAACAAUAUGGCUAUCUUCCCCCCGGAGACCUGCGUACCCACACCCAGCGCUCCCCCCAGUCGCUCUCGGCCGCCAUCGCUGCCAUGCAGCGGUUCUACGGGCUUCAGGUGACCGGCACAGUGGACCCAGAGACCUUAAAGGCUAUGAAGAGGCCCCGUUGCGGCGUCCCAGAUAAAUUCGGAGCAGAGAUCAAGGCCAACGUCCGGCGUAGGCGCUACGCCAUCCAGGGACUGAAGUGGUCCCAUUAUGAUCUUAGCUUUUGCAUCCAGAACUAUACGCCCAAGGUGGGGGAGCAUGCGACCUACAGCGCCAUCCGGCGCGCCUUUAGCGUGUGGCAGUCCGUCACGCCACUGCGCUUCCGUGAAGUGCCUUACUCAUCCAUCCGCGAGGGCCACGAGCCGCAGGCUGACAUCAUGAUUUUCUUCGCGGAGGGUUUCCAUGGGGACAGCACACCUUUCGAUGGUGAGGGGGGCUUCCUAGCCCACGCCUAUUUCCCUGGGCCCCACAUUGGCGGGGACACUCACUUCGAUGCCGCUGAACCCUGGACAUCCCGCAAUGAUGACCUGAGCGGAAAUGACAUUUUCCUGGUAGCUGUGCAUGAACUGGGCCAUGCGCUAGGUUUAGAGCACUCGAACGACCCAUCCGCCAUCAUGGCCCCUUUCUACCAGUGGAUGGACACGGAGAACUUUGAAUUACCUGAGGAUGACCGGCGUGGCAUCCAGCAGUUGUACGGUACUGAAGGCGGUCACCCCAGUAAACCUCCGCCGAUCCCCCGCACCACCGUGAAGCCCCGUGUCCCUCCCCGGCCGCCCAAGAACCCCUCGUACGGCCCCAACAUCUGUGAUGGAAGAUUUGAUACCAUUGCUGUGCUGAGAGGGGAGAUGUUUGUUUUCAAGGACAAAUGGUUUUGGCGAGUCCGGAACAACCGGGUGAUGGACGGGUACCCCCUUCCCAUUGGCCAGUUCUGGGUCGGCCUCCCCUCCACCAUCAACACAGCCUAUGAGAGGAAGGAUGGGAAAUUUGUCUUCUUCAAAGGGGACAAGCACUGGGUCUUCAACGAAGCCAUCCUGGACCCAGGCUACCCCAAACACAUUAAGGAACUGGGUCGAGGGCUUCCCACAGACCGGAUCGACGCAGCACUUUUCUGGAUGCCAAGUGGGAAGACCUACUUCUUCCGGGGAAAUAAAUAUUAUCGCUUCAACGAAGAGAGCCGAUCGGUCGAGGCUGACUACCCCAAGAACAUCGAUGUCUGGGGAGGCAUCCCCGAUUCACCUCGGGGGGCAUUUAUGGGCAGCGAUGAAGCUUUCACCUACUUCUACAAGGGAGACCGUUACUGGAAAUUCAACAACGAGAAGCUAAAGGUGGAGCCCGGAUACCCCAAAUCGGUACUCCGGGACUGGAUGGGAUGUAGUUCGGACGACCGCCGGGAGGGAGAGGAAGUGAUCAUCAUUGAGGUGGACAAUGGAGAGGAAGCGGAAGUGAACGCCGCCGCCGUGGUGCUCCCCAUCCUCUUGCUGCUCACCGUCUUUGCGCUCGGGAUUGCCCUCCUGAUGUUCAGGCGCUACGGGGUCCCCAAACGGUUGUUGUAUUGCCAGCGUUCUUUGCUGGACAAGGUGUGACGAGGCGAGCCCGUCUACCCCUGUCUCUUUCACCCUUUGCCACCCGCUCUCCCCCGGUGUGCUCCUGUCUUGAAACCCCCUUCCCUUAGUCACCUGCUCCUCUGUUUGCCUUGCUUCCCUCUUCGUUUCCAGUGGACUUUUCCUCAGGCCCUUCCCAUCUUCCUUCUGGUGCUUGUCGUGCUUCCUCCACGGAAUGUUGUUGAGCAUGCCGUGUCUCCCGUCUCCCAUUUCUCUUGCCUCUUCCCCAUCUCCUCCAUCUUUCUCACGCUUACCUUCCCUCGUCUCUCGUGUCGCUUUGCAUUCAUUCCCUCCUGAUUUUUUUUCCAUGCGGUGGGUGUGCUGAGCACGCUCGAGAACCUUAACUUGAGGAGGCGAAAGAGGACCUCUGCAUGCUGUUUUUGGCUUCCCCAGACUUACCACGCCAUUCCCGUGAUGGGAUCGGCAUCCGUUGACCUUGCAGGAAAAGGAGACUUUGCUUUGACUUGCCAUCUUGAAAAUUGGGGGGUGGGGUGAGAUAAGCCAACAUAAACUCCCGCUACAGUCCUCUCUCUUUUUUUAGGGGUUUUUCAUGGCCACCGUCUGUCCAAAAUGCUAGUCAACAAGAUCAAUCCUUGUCUCUCCGCCCCCCACCCAAUUUUUCUCUUUUGUGGCCUUCAACCAUUCCUUCUUAAGGGCAGAUGGAGAUCCAUGAUGGACGUCUUUUGUUGACUUGAUCGCAGCAGGAAAGUAGGGUCUUUAAAAGGGGUCCGGCUUCAAGGAAGAGCGCCCGUGUGCAGAGAUGGGAGGGGAAUGGGGGACUUAUCGGGAAAGUGGGAGGAGCUAUAUAGACGAGGGGAGGGAAGGUUGCAACAUUCCAAGGGGAAGGGCAGUGAAGCCAAAUGGCAUUAAGCAUUCCAAAGGGAAUGGUAUCAUUCCAUUGGGUGUGGCUUGAAGAGGAGGGAGGAGCCACAACUGACCAAUAGAAAUGCUUACCUGGUGGGGAAUAGAAGGGUGGGCCAUCACUGGGACAAAAGGGGAGGGGAUCUAAAAUGUGGGGUGGGGCUUAACUGUCCCGUUCCUUUCAGGGGAGGGAGGUACCUUAAAGGGCCAGAUCUGAUUUUUUUUGGGGGGGGAGGAGGGGAAGGAAAGAUUUCCCCCAAACAUAGGUGGAAGGGGCCAUUAGUACACUAACACAACCAAAAGUUUGAGCGUGAGAUAAAAAAAAGAAGGUGGAUGGCAAGGACAAAAGAAUAGAGGGGUCGUCGUGUUCAUGUUUUGGCGGCCCAGAUCCAAAAAAGCGUUGAUUCCAAAAUUCUGGUUUCAGUUGCAAGAGUUUUUUUUUACAAUGAUUGCUUCUAAUGCAUUAUAGGUUCUGCUAAAACAGCACCACAAUUUGCAACAAGGGAACAAAAAAAAGGGGAAUUUUUUUUGUAGUAUUGCGCCAGAGAACUGCCUCAAACUGCCUUGAUCCUCUUUUCUUAGGGAAUUUUUUUUUUAUUUUUUUGGAUGAAUAUGUAAUUUUAAUUAUUCUAUAAAAAUGCCUUUUUUAAAACAAAAAAUUUAAAAUAGUGCAUUUACAGGGUGGGGGAAAAGUGAAUAGGGGUGGGGGGAGAACCCCAUAUGCCUGCAGGCAGGAAUUGGGGUACCUUAACCCUCCCCUUUUCAGACCAUCAUUUAAAAAAAAGGGAGGGCUUGGGAAUAUGGGUUUUCAAAUGGUCUUCAAACGGAAUUAAACUGUGUUUAACGAUACAUUUGUGCUGUGGGUGGGUUUUAAUAAUGUUUAUUGUUCCACUUUAUUAUUAUUAUUGUUGUUGUUAUUUGCUAUUAAUAAUAAACACCCAUUCUUCUGGAGGGAAAUAUACAUACAUUGCUGGGAGCCUAUAGGCUGUUAAAUUGUGUUAUUCCUUUUAAUCUUUAGCAAUAAAAACCCCAUUUCUGGGUAGAAAUGGACUCAAAAUGUCGGGAGUUUUAAAAAUUUAUUUUUUAUUUUUUGGUUCCCCGUACAAGUUGUUCCUAACUAUUUUAUUAAAAAGAAUCACCAAAUAAUUUUUUUAAAAAAAGAAAAACAAAACAAUAAAUGCUGGAAUGUCAUCCCCUUUUUAGUAGUAUUUUGUAUAACAGUGUGGUUUAUUUUUCUUUUGGGGAAAAAUAAAUAAAUACUCUGGGGAAUUUC